AGCGUUUGAGGGUAGAAAGGUCCUUGACUCUUGCGCUGCCCCGCAGACUCGCUAUGGAUCUCUACAUACUACUCUACUAUCUCUUAUUACUCUUACUAUUCGAAUACUUCGUGGCCUAUCAUUACCCCAAUAUGACUUCCGACGUGCCUACUUCAACUUCAUCCCCGCCAACUCGCGAUCCAGCCGAGAUCAACAAGCUAGUGACCGAAUGGGAUGACAGCUCCUUCUACCAUCACUCUUCCUGGUCGGAGCGAUGGUCACACCCUGAGUUUGUUGGCCACUACUCGAACAAUUGGCUCAAAUCUCCAUGGAUAAAACAGACCAAGCGUCACCCAAGAAGAUUUCUAUAUCCCUCGGUGCCCUCCAGUUUCCCCUGGGGCUACAUCAUAUACCGAACAGUCUACACUGCCGAAUCAGAUGAGCUAUGGCCGAUUGCUAUGAAUAAACUGGCUAGGGUUAUGAACAACUCCAUCGACUCUGAUCUUCACGCCGAACUUCGAUAUAAGGAGCCCGAGGAUCCGGAGCCAGACGCGGACGCAGAGCGAUUAGUCAAAGAAGCGCAUAAGAAUGUCGUCUUCUCAGAUAAACAGUUCUGGAAUGGAGCCAGUAUCGAGCAAGUUCGACGACAUUUCUCUGAGUACCUCCAUGCAAGUAAGGGCCGGGGGGCUGGUCGAUUUGAAGGCUGCCUGUUCAUCGAUGAGCAAUCACUGAAGUCAAUUAUUAAUAGCCCUGAGCCUCAGCCCUGGUUCGGGGAGAGAGAGCCCAAGCAGCGCAGUCAACCCUGGGGGUUUGUUGGUAUGGUCGAUGGGCGGUAUCCGGAGAAUCGGUAUGAACCGCACUACACUGGCUACAUGCGGGUGGAAAUUCUUUCGCUAUGGUCUCUUUAUUACGAGUUCCAAAUGAAGGACAUGCAGGAGCUCUGCCCCUCUGUUUCUGAUGGAUUGAUUCCGGUCUAUGACAGUGGAACUGGCAAAGCGCAAGACGAGGAGGGUCAUGUUUUUCCAACAGCAGCCGACCGGAGGCCGCGACUGUUUUGAUAAAUUGAAAUUCAGCCAGCGGGCUCGUUGAGACAAAGAUCAAUACUACUAGUAGUAUGUGUCAACUGGUGGAAAUGAACCUUGCAAUCUUCAUACCCACUCGUACGAGUGUACUAGAC